GAAGAAACAGACUGAGUGUAUAGUGACUUACCCAGGCCACACAGUUGGAUACUACAGAUAGUAGUCACAAUCGCUAACAUCUGCCAUGUGGUCCUUACUGCAAAUCUUAUUUAAUAAUGAGAUCGGCUUUUUGUUAUCCCACUUAACUAAUCAAUAGGAGAAGCCAGCUCUGAUUUCCAGUCCACUAUCGUGCACUCUUAGUCAUUAGAUUUAAAAAAAAAAAAAAAAUCCUGCUUUCCUGCCUCGCCUGUGCGUUUCCUUAGUCGCCCUUUCGGGGCUUGUUCUAAUGAGUGCUACAGAAAAAUGACGAAGUGGAAAAUAUAGAACAUGAAAUGAAAAUUUAAAAGAGGAAAUGGUGUCACAAAGACAACGACGGCCAGGGAAUCCCGUGAAGCGCCGGGCAGGGUGCACAACGGUCCUCGGAGAAAGUUCAAGAGGAACUUCCCCGCGAACAGGUCCUGCCGACGGCCGGGAAUACGCACACUUUUUAUGUUAUGCCUUUGACUUUCCCGAACCUUUCGAAGCAGAGGGAAGGCGAGGCGGUGAAAACGGAGAAAAAUCUCGCCUACCGAAUGGAAGGGCGGUGCCCGGCCGCGCCCACCCCGCGCCCGCAAGCCCGCUGAGUCACAUGACACGGCCAAGAUGGCCGACCGGGAAGGCGGUUGCGCUGCUGGGCGGGAGCGGGAGCUGGAGCCGGAGCCGGAGCCGGGGCCGGGGCCGGGGCCGGGGCCCGGGUCAGCGCUUGAGCCGGGAGAAGAGUUUGAGAUCGUGGACCGAAGCCAGCUGCCGGGCCCAGGCGACCUGCGGAGCGCAACGAGACCGCGGGCGGCCGAGGGCUGGUCGGCGCCCAUCCUGACCCUGGCACGCAGGGCCACCGGGAACCUGUCGGCGAGCUGCGGGAGCGCGCUGCGCGCGGCCGCGGGGCUGGGCGGCGGGGACAGCGGGGACGGCACGGCGCGCGCAGCUUCUAAGUGCCAGAUGAUGGAGGAGCGUGCCAACCUGAUGCACAUGAUGAAACUCAGCAUCAAGGUGUUGCUCCAGUCGGCUCUGAGCCUGGGCCGCAGCCUGGAUGCGGACCAUGCCCCCUUGCAGCAGUUCUUUGUAGUGAUGGAGCACUGCCUCAAACAUGGGCUGAAAGUUAAGAAGAGUUUUAUUGGCCAAAAUAAAUCAUUCUUUGGUCCUUUGGAGCUGGUGGAGAAACUUUGUCCAGAAGCAUCAGAUAUAGCGACUAGUGUCAGAAAUCUUCCAGAAUUAAAGACAGCUGUGGGAAGAGGCCGAGCUUGGCUUUAUCUUGCGCUCAUGCAAAAGAAACUGGCAGAUUAUCUGAAAGUGCUUAUAGACAAUAAACAUCUCUUAAGCGAGUUCUAUGAGCCUGAGGCUUUAAUGAUGGAGGAAGAAGGGAUGGUGAUUGUUGGUCUGCUGGUGGGACUCAAUGUUCUCGAUGCCAAUCUCUGCUUGAAAGGAGAAGACUUGGAUUCUCAGGUUGGAGUAAUAGAUUUUUCCCUCUACCUUAAGGAUGUGCAGGAUCUUGAUGGUGGCAAGGAGCAUGAAAGAAUUACUGAUGUCCUUGAUCAAAAAAAUUAUGUGGAAGAACUUAACCGGCACUUGAGCUGCACAGUUGGGGAUCUUCAAACCAAGAUAGAUGGCUUGGAAAAGACUAAUUCAAAGCUUCAAGAAGAGCUUUCAGCUGCAACAGACCGAAUUUGUUCACUUCAAGAAGAACAGCAGCAGUUAAGAGAACAAAAUGAAUUAAUUCGAGAAAGAAGUGAAAAGAGUGUAGAGAUAACAAAACAGGAUACCAAAGUUGAGCUGGAGACUUACAAGCAAACUCGGCAAGGUCUGGAUGAAAUGUACAGUGAUGUGUGGAAGCAGCUAAAAGAGGAGAAGAAAGUCCGGUUGGAACUGGAAAAAGAACUGGAGUUACAAAUUGGAAUGAAAACUGAAAUGGAAAUUGCAAUGAAGUUACUGGAAAAGGACACCCACGAGAAGCAGGACACGCUAGUUGCCCUCCGCCAGCAGCUGGAAGAAGUCAAAGCGAUUAAUUUACAGAUGUUUCACAAAGCUCAGAAUGCAGAGAGCAGUUUGCAGCAGAAGAAUGAAGCCAUCACAUCCUUUGAAGGAAAAACCAACCAAGUUAUGUCCAGCAUGAAACAAAUGGAAGAAAGGUUGCAGCACUCAGAGCGGGCGAGGCAGGGGGCUGAGGAGCGGAGCCACAAGCUGCAGCAGGAGCUGGGCGGGAGGAUCGGUGCCCUGCAGCUGCAGCUCUCCCAGCUGCACGAGCAAUGCUCAAGCCUAGAGAAAGAAUUGAAAUCAGAAAAAGAGCAAAGACAGGCUCUUCAGCGCGAAUUACAGCACGAGAAAGACACUUCCUGUCUACUCAGGACAGAGCUACAACAAGUGGAAGGAUUGAAAAAGGAGUUGCGGGAGCUUCAGGACGAGAAGGCAGAGCUACAGAAGAUCUGUGAGGAGCAGGAACAAGCCCUUCAGGAAAUGGGCCUGCACCUCAGCCAGUCCAAGCUGAAGAUGGAAGAUAUAAAAGAAGUGAACCAGGCACUGAAGGGCCACACCUGGCUGAAAGAUGACGAAGCGACACACUGUAGGCAGUGUGAGAAGGAGUUCUCCAUUUCCCGGAGAAAGCACCACUGCCGGAACUGUGGCCACAUCUUCUGCAACACCUGCUCCAGCAACGAGCUGGCCCUGCCCUCCUAUCCCAAGCCAGUGCGAGUGUGUGACAGCUGCCACACCCUGCUCCUGCAGCGCUGCUCCUCCACAGCCUCCUGAACCUCCAUCCUCAGGAGCACAGCCUCACGAACAGUGCCAAACCCUGUGGGUCUCCAGGGGCCAACCAGAGGCUUCGGAAAUGUGUUCUUUCCCAAGAGAAUCAAAGGAAAGAAUCAAAUUUCUUGCCCGGCCACUGGCACUCCAGAAGACAGCGUGCCGGAACUGGCAGCUCUCAUCGUUCGGAAUUAACUCCUCUGGAUGGAAACUUCCAUCUUACUUGGUUACAUCACGGCUCUGGUUCAGAUACAACUUCAUGAUUUUGCUACUAUCAUUUUUCACUUUUCAAAGAAUUUAACCUAUUUUACAGCAGUUCAGUUCUGCUAGUGAGUAGUUUUCCUCUCCUACCUCCCUUCUAAAAACCUGGUUCAUGCAUAGCGUUUGACACACAUGGAGUCUGUCAGUGUGCCUUCUCUGCUUCAGUCAAGAGAUCUGCCAUUUCAUGCCCUUGUGACUACCUAUCAUUGGUCCUGCAAUAAAAUCAUUUAUUUUUCA